AUGGGCGCCAGCGGCUCCAAGUCGCGGGGGCUGUGGCCCUUCGCCUCCUCGGCGGCGGGCGGCGGCGGCGCCGAGGGCCCCGGCGGGCAGCAGGCCCUGGCCCGGCCGCGGGGCGCGCGCGCCGCCACCCCCUUCGUCUUCACGCGCCGCGGCUCCAUGUACUACGACGAGGACGGGGACCUUGCCCACGAGUUCUAUGAGGAGACAAUCGUUACCAAGAACGGGAGGAAGCGUGCCAAGCUGAAGAGGAUCCACAAGAACCUGAUACCUCAGGGUAUAGUGAAACUGGAGCACCCUCGCAUCCAUGUGGAUUUCCCCGUGAUCAUCUGCGAGGUGUGACCGCCGGGUGCUGCUGCCCACGGGCGGGACUGCCCCGAGUGUCACCGCACGAGGCUGCCCCGAGUUCCCGGCGAAGCGGAGGGCGCUCGGACGAAGGAGGACGCUCAGACGCGGAUUGUGGCUCUCCCCUCGCCCGGGGGCAAGGCGGGACGGAGCGGGCUCGGCCGGGCUGUGCUUGGCUGCUGCUCCUCGCAGGAGAUGGGUGGCCUUGUGCAACGACUGCUUACAAACAUCCCUGCUUGAGUCAGAAGA